AUGGAGCCGAGGACGCUGAUGCACCAGCCAUGGCCUGAUGAGCUCCACUUCCAUUGCUCCAGGCUGACCGGGUGCAAGAGAUGCAGCAGCAGACGAGAGGCCGCAAGAGCAAGACUCGGAACCUCUCCACGCAAAGCUUUGGACUCUCGCCUGGCAUCCAUGUCACCUGGUCCUUUUCGACGACCACUGCCUCGACCUUGCUCACCGCCGCCACCGCCACCACCACCCUACGCUCCAUGUGCAUGUGCGACGACAACUGAGACAGAUGAGCGUCCCGAGACAUCCGAGAUCGUUGAGCAGCUUCUAGACGAAUUUACAGAGCGCAUACAAAGCUUCUUCUUGGCACUGAUGGGCUUCAACCACCCUCAUAUGGAGAGGUUGCAAGCUGCCCUGGAUCAGCAAGUGAAAGCUUUGGGUCGCGGUCUGAUGAGGGCCAUGGCUGUAAAGGAUGCGUUCUGGGGUCUCAAAAGUGCAGUCGCCGAAAGUCAGCUGUGGAAGAGGCUGAAGCAAUGCCGCCAACGCUUGUUUGAUUGUCAGAAGCAGGUGCAGCAGUAUGCUGCCACGGCCGCUGAGGAGGCAUCGAUGCGGCAGGAGACAUUAGAGGCAUCAGCGCUGGUGCGCCAACAAGCAGAGCGGGCACGAGCCAUGGCCACCAAGCAGCUUUGUCGAGGUCCAGAGGCUCCCAUGGGAGUCUGCUUCUAUCACUGGGGCAAACUCACCAAGACCAGAUUGUCAAGAGGCCUCAUGGUCCAGCAAGUGCAUGGCCGGAAUCUUCACGCAGUAAGGGCAUGCUUGAUGCAGUCCACAUUCCUGCGCUGGCGACAAGCAUCGAGCGACGCCGUACGUGAACGUGCUUUCGGGGCACAACACAAUGCAGCUGCUGUGGCUGUAGCUGCUCAAGCACAGCGGUCCAAAGCUGCGCUGCACUCCGUCGUCAAUGCUGCGGCCAAGCAAAACUUGCCUACCAUUUGGAAGAGCCUUGGUGCUUGGCAGCUUCUGACGCUCAGGUCUCAUCGUCGGAUAUGGAAAGAGCGAGCUGCAGCAGCCGUUUCUUGGCUUCGUCAUUGCAGCAGGGUUGCCACGGUGCCACACUCUGACAGUGGGUGA